AUGGCGGAAGCAGAGGUGUCCCCCCCUGCAAACCCCACCUGCAAAAUUAUGACCUUCAGGCCCACAAUGGAGGAGUUCAAAGACUUUAACAAGUAUUUAGUUUAUAUGGAGUCCCAGGGCGCACAGCGCGCAGGUCUGGCCAAGGUGAUCCCUCCUAAAGGCUGGAAGCCUCGUCGUACUUACGAUGACAUAGACGAUUUGAUGAUCGACGCUCCUAUCCAGCAGAUGGUGGCGGGCCAGUCAGGCCUUUUUACUCAGUACAACAUUCAGAAGAAGCCACUCAGUGUGCAGGAGUUCAGGCGACUAGCUAACAGUGACAUGUACUGUACGCCUCGUUACUUGAAUUAUGAAGAUCUAGAGCGGAAGUACUGGAAGAACCUCACAUUUGUUUCACCAAUAUAUGGGGCUGAUGUUGGCGGCAGCCUCUAUGACGAGGAUGUGGAGGAAUGGAACAUUGGGCACCUGAACUCAAUAUUGGAUGUCAUCGAGGAAGACUGUGGUGUGUCUAUCCAGGGGGUUAACACUCCUUACCUCUACUUUGGCAUGUGGAAAACAACCUUCUCCUGGCACACAGAGGAUAUGGACCUGUACAGCAUCAAUUACCUUCACUUUGGAGAGCCCAAGUCUUGGUAUGCUAUCCCACCAGAGCAUGGGAAGAGACUGGAACGUUUGGCUACUGGUUUCUUUCCUAAUAGCUUCAAGGGAUGUGAGGCUUUUCUCCGUCACAAGAUGACUCUAAUCUCCCCCUUUGUACUAAAGAAGUAUGGCAUUCCCUUUGAUAAGAUUACGCAGGAGGCUGGAGAGUUCAUGAUCACCUUCCCUUAUGGCUAUCAUGCCGGCUUCAACCAUGGUUUUAAUUGUGCUGAGUCAACCAAUUUUGCAACCAUUCGAUGGAUAGAAUAUGGAAAGAAUGCCACACAGUGUACAUGUAGUAAGGAUAUGGUCAAAAUAUCCAUGGAGCCUUUUGUAAAGAGGUUUCAGCCUGAUCGUUAUGCCAACUGGAUGCUUGGCAAGGAUUCUGCUCCCAUCGACCACACACUUGCCACUCCCAGUACAACACCAGAGCUGCAAAGCUGGCUGCAGAGGCGGUGCAGGGCAAAAUCCUCCAAUAAAACCAACUGCCAUUCUCGAAUGCGCUUAAAACGUCUCAGAACCACAGAGGAACCUCUUGGCCUAGAUGACAGUUCUCUCUGCAGCGGCAAGAGGAAAGGGCCACCUGGACCCAAAGUACGACGGCCUGUCCAGGAAACACCCUGCACAUCAGAAAAUUCAGCCGAGGAUGAUGAGGAAAAACAUGGAAGGGAGACGAGACAAAGCCAAACCUCCUUGCACCUUUCCGGUCGCUGCAGGCAAAUGUGUGUUGUCAAAGUAAACCGGGUAGAGGGCAACACUUUGAGUUUGCCUAACAUGGAUCUCCAAAACUCUCAGUCCAGUUCCUGUCCACACGCUUCCUCCCCAGCAAAUGCCGGAUUAAAGGCAGAGUCUGACGCUCGUAGUGAUCAUCAAGAUCUCUCAAAGCCUGAGAUUAAUAAUAGAACUCCUGAAGGACUCAGAAAUUGGUCUGAGCCAUCUCAAAUGCAUCAAGGAAUAAAUAUGUCAACAUGUUCCCCUCCCGAACCUCAAGACCUCUUAAAUUCUCAGGACUGUCCUAUCAUUGACCCUCCCAUGGAGACCACCACACUCAACACCUUUUCCCGCACACUAAGCACCUCCACGGAGAAAGAGAUGGACUUAAGUCUUCUUCCUUCUGAUGUUCAGACAACAGACUUGUUUAAUACAGGAAACUCUUCAAGUCCAGAACCAAACACCAACAGCAGCAAGGACGAAUCAUCUGGAAUUUGUCCAAACAUAAUUGUGACACCAGAGAAAUCAAUCGCAUUAGACCAAAAAAGUAUCCACCCGCAAUGUCCCACAGAAGUAGAUGAUACACAACCGAAGCCACUAGAGGGAGAUAAUUGCACACCAUUUAUCCCGCAUUCCUCUCCAGAACAUGACUGUGUGUUAGAAAAAAGCAGUUGUGAACAAAGCAUUUGCCCUCCGUUGCUACAAAAGAAUCUAGUGGAUAUGCCACACCUCACUCCAGAGCCAGUAGAAACAUUUGGAAUCAGUCCUCUUCCCCCGGUAUUGACCCAAGAGAUGCCCUCCCUCACCCCAGCUGAAUAUGGGCUUCCUGCCGUCUCAAAAUCUUGUACAUUCACCCACCAGUUUGCACCUGUACUUCAGCGAGAGAUGCUAGAUGGUACUUCAUCCUCCAAUGGAACGAAACAGGAAGAGUCUGAUUCAAGGAUUCCCAAAAAUUCUUCUUGCACAGAACAAUUCCAGGACUGGCAUUCACAUCCUUCAAAUAAUGUUCAAAGCAACUCAGUACCAAGGUUAGAAAAUGAUGUGGCUGAUCAAUCCAGCGAUGACAUCCACAAAACACACGACAGUGUUUUAAUGUCUGAAAAAGGUACUGAAAAGCACAGAAUAGUUGGAAAUAUUACAGACAGUGAAGCAAACUACAGUCUUACUCAGAGCGUUGAACUCCAAAAAGAGCAACAUUCCAGCCUCGCAGAGUUACCAACAAGGGAUAACGCUAAAGAGCAAACUCAAACAGAUGUUGCAUUAAGCCAAAGCGGCAUUCAAUAUCUUGGGACUGGUACAUCAAUCGAUAAUCUCUCCUCCCCUUCAGUCCCACAGCACCCUUACUCAGAAUUAGAACUCCACUCUCAAGCGCACUGUGCAUCCCAGAUCCCACACAUGGAGCCCAAAUAUGACUCCAACAGCAUUUGGAGGAACUUUAACUCCCAGUGCCCUGCUGUGCUCACUCAAAGCCUCCAACCAGAACCUCCAUGUGACUUCACCCAUCACUCUAUACCGUACACUGUGUGGACUGAAUCCCAGUGCAAAGAGGUCACAUAUCCGGAGAACCCUGGAGAGGAACAAUGUGAGAACCCAGAGGAGGAUGCUGGACCUCUCACUUGGGCUCAGCUUCAACCCACCUCAGUCAUAUCAGGGACUACCGCUGACGAAAAUGAGUUUUGUGGAAAUGAUCUUGAAUCCGAUGGGGCCCUCUCUCUAAGGGGAGAGCCAGAAAGACGAAUACAGUCCUCAGCAGGUGCUGUAAUACCUCUGAUAAUGGCAGGAUGUAAGCAGGAUGGAAUGUCUGAUAUGGAGGAAGAGGAAUCUGAUUUUGAGGAAGAAGAGCAGCAAAGCAGUACCAACGAGGAGGGUAGCAGUGACUCAUCUGAUGAGGAGGAAAGUGAUCCAAGUAGCUACGAGUGUGAUGAAUCAGGCUUGGAACCAGGGGAGGUUUGCGCUUACCCCGCUUUGUCGGUAAAGAAGACCACGAAAAGCUGGCGUCACCCACUCAGGAAACCCACGGCCAGGGCUGUACCCACUGCAGUUAAACAUCAGGCUGCCAGUGAUGAUGACCUAGAGCCCCCUGAAGCAACCUUGGAAGAUGAAGACGAUAAGCCUGAGCUCGAGGCAUGGGCGAAACCGCUGAUCUACCUCUGGCAGAAUAGGAAGAGCUGUUUCACAGCUGAAAGGGAGUACAAUGCCCAUGCUGCCACCAUGGGGCCGUAUUGUGCUGUGUGCACACUCUUCAUGCCCUACUAUCAGGGGGAAGACAAAGCAGAGGAUGGUAACCCCAAAACGGUGCAGGGCACAUCAGAAUCCUCAUCUCCUAAGGAGGAGUCUGCACAUUGUUACUGGGGUCUGAGGAAAUCCAAGCCGCUUAUACCAGAAAUCUGCUUUUCAUUCCGUGAGCAAAACUGCCCUCCAACUCCCACCAAUCCUCUACUGCAGGAAGAUGGCACAUCCCCUCUGCUCUCCUGCCAGGGAUGCUGCCUUCAAGUACAUGCAAGUUGUUAUGGUGUCGCAGCAGAUGAAGCCAGCGAGCAAUGGUCCUGUGAUCGCUGCGCGGAGGGCGUCUUUACAGCAGAAUGCUGUUUGUGUAACCUCAGAGGUGGGGCACUGAAGAAAACCCAAAAUGACAAAUGGGCUCACAUCAUGUGUGCAGUAGCACUGCCAGAGGCAAGAUUCAGCAACGAAGUCAAGCGGGGUCCCAUUGACACGAGUAGGAUCCCUAUGCAACGAUAUAAACUGAAGUGCAUCUAUUGUCGUAAACGCUGGGCGGGGAAGCGGCAGGCGGGUGCGUGCAUCCAGUGCUCGUGUGGCCGGUGUCCCACCUCUUUUCAUGUGACCUGUGGCCAUGCUGCCGGGGUUGUCAUGGAGCCUGACGACUGGCCGUAUGUGGUGUCAAUCACCUGCCAUAGACACCAGUCGCGGAGCUCUUCAGCUAAACACCGGGCGUCUCAAGCGUCCAUCUCACUGGGCCAGACUGUCAUUUCCAAGCACAAGAACCUGCGCUACUACAGCUCAAAGGUCACACAGAUCACCUCCCAGAUGUUCUACGAGGUCAUGUUUGAUGAUGGCUCCUUCUCUAAUGAUACCUACCCCGAGGACAUAGUGAGCCGAGAUUGUGUCAACUUGGGUCCUCCUGAAGUCGGCGAAGCUGUUCAAGUGAAAUGGCCUGAUGGACUCUUCUACGGUGCCAAAUAUUUAGGAUCCAACGUGUCCUACAUGUGCCAGGUGGAGUUUGAGGACGGCUCUCAGGUGCUGGCAAAAAGGGACGACGUCUACACAUUGGACGAAGACCUGCCUAAAAAGGUGAAGCGCCGACUUUCCACAGCCUCCAGCAUGCGCUUCCAGGACGCCUUCUUCACCACACAAGGGGAGCGGAAACGGCAACGAACUCCCAAUUCUCGCUUCCAGAACGACUACGUGGCCCUGCCGGAUCUCCGUGCCACUUCCAAAAGCACAUGGGAGCAACACAAAGGGAAAGAAAAGUGA